UUGUACAUUUACUUUGAAGUAAAAAGAUUCACGAUACCGCAAGAUUCAUGAUACAGUUUGUUUUCGUCUGGAAGAAAAAAGUGAUAUAAUAAGCUUUUUAUGUUUAGAACUAUUUGUCUUGCAACUGCUUAUUCAAACGUUUCAAACUUUUAUCUGAGUUAUGUAAAUCAUUUUGUCCUGGUCCUAGUUUUGUUGACAAAUCAUUACCCGCCGAAAAAAAUAGUUUAUUAUAAUUGAUGCAAUCAACACGACAGAUUGUUAAGUUCAUAGACUGGUGGAUAUAAGAAACAAUGUUUUUGUUGUAAUUACUUCGCUUAUAAACCAACAAAUUAAUGAAAUUUUAUUUUACAGAAUAAAUAAGGUGAAAGUAUAUUAGUGUUAUAUAGAAACGAGCUACUACGGAGUUCGGCUUGAUCAUUACAAUUUCUUUGGUAACUUCUGUGCCAUGAGAAUCUCUGAAUAAAUAAAUAGUGUGAAAAGAAUAUCAGUGUUACAUAGAAACGAGCUACUAUGGGGCUUGGCUUGAUCAUUUCGAUUGCUUUGGUCACUUCUGUGCGAGGAGAAUCUCUGAAUAACACGUGCGAUUCGUCACCUUGCCAAAAUUGGGGAACUUGUCAAAAUACGACUGAAGAGCCGUAUUACACGUGCGCUUGUCGGCAAGAAUAUCAGGGAACUCAGUGUGAAGAAAGAAGAUUCAUCAAUAGCACUGCAAACAACUGCAAAUAUCACGUCAACCAUCGUGAUGCAAAAUCAUUCACCCAGUCAAAAUCAAUUUGUAGCAGUCUUGGAGGUACGAUAGCAAUGAUGAAAACAUCAGAAAUACAGGACUUGGUUGAAAGUCAGGUAAUAAAUCAGUAUGGAGCAAGAGGAGGAAUCCUUGAGUUUCGAAUUGGUGGAUACAAAGCUAAUAAGAGGUGGAUAUGGAUUGAUGGUACAGACGUGCCAACAGGAAAAGAUUCAAAAUGGUCAACAAAUUACCAAACUGCUUCGGGCAGUAUGGUUCUUGGUUCGUAUCGCAGCGGCAGGAGCAACAUGGCAUGGUUUACUAAACCAAACUAUGAGAGCCGCGGCUACAUAUGUGAGAUAUCAGUGGUUGACAGAUGUUCGGUAUUUCCAUGUCAUAAUUCGGGAAUCUGCACACAAAUUGGUUGUCAAAAAAAGUGCGAAUGCACGUGGGGUUAUACGGGAGAAAAUUGUGAAAAUAGAGUAUCACAGAUUUCUUGCUUCCAGUCUGGAAUUUCAAUUAAGUGGAAUCGAGACCAUCACACGUUGGGAAGAGUGUAUAAACUUUAUCUGGAGGAUUUGAUGUCUAAGACGACCAAAGCAACAAACGUACAAAUCCUAGUGACAGAUGAAGCAUCAAUAACUAUCGGGAAUGUGUCCGAACCGACACCGAUUCACUGCGUCUCAAGCACUCGUCUUUCCAUAUCACCCAAUAAAUAUAUUCUUGUGGAUCUAUGGGUAGCUCGGAUCAGAAUGACUUUGAAAUCCGUUGCUAAAGUCUAUUACAUCUUUGAUGAAUCAAAGUUCAAAGUCGAACUUGUUGACUUGUCGUAAAGUAAAACUUUAUUUAUUGAGACUCUCAAAUAAUUGUCAUGAUGUUGUAUAAUGUCUAUCUUAUGACAUAUCUGUAGGGUUACCAUAUUUUUGUGACUUCAAAGCGGGACGCCUUCAAUGACCAUAGCUGUAUUAUGGGCCGCUUCGUGGCCCAUCGUUGUCACGCGUUUUUAUUUUG